AAACAUCCCCACGAACGAGUACACUGACUAGAACCAAUCAGAUGUCACCAUGCGCCUACUGGUCCCAGUUCCAGUUCCCACCCCCGCGCAGGAGUGUGCAGGGAGGACGAGGAGAGGCUCAGUCCGGGUCGGUCGGCGAGUGCUCUGCCCGGCGUGUUGUGUAGCGUGUUGUACAGCCUGAAUCUGGUCUUCGUGUGUGCGUUUUACUGCUUGUGGUCGGGUUAGUUUCGCUUUCUUAAGUUUCGUUUCCGUGCAGCAUCGCUACGUCACCAGGAAGAGCUCGCGGCUCAUAAUCGCCUUCGACAUGGCCGACGCAGCAAUGUCUCUGCUCAGCCUGGAGGAUGACCUGACGUGCAGCAUCUGCCUGUGUCCAUUCGACAAUCCAGUGAGUUUAAUCUGUGGGCACAGUUUCUGUCUCGUUUGCCUGGAAGAAACUUGGAAAGACGCGGUGUCCCUGUUCUGCCCUCACUGCCGAGCGCACUAUCACACCAAACCCGAGCUUAAGAAAAACACGGUCCUCAGCGCGGUGGUGGAGACCUUCAAAUCAAAAUCGCUAGAGUCCAGUGCCGAUGGACAGGUGCCGGGGAAGGAACCGAAGCAAGUCAUGUGCGACACGUGCAUGGAGGCCCCGGCCGUUAACACCUGCCUGACGUGCAUGGCCAAUUUUUGUGUGGUGCACGUGAGGCCGCAUCAGGAGAAUCCCAUAUUCCGGGCGCACCAGCUUAUCGAGCCGCUCGCUGACUUGUCGGAGAUGCUCUGUCCUGACCACGGGAAGAUGACCGAGUUCUACUGCGGCGACCACGAUCGGAGCAUCUGCAGCAGCUGCCUUCAGCAGAACCACAAGGGAUGCCGCUUCUCCAGUCCAGAAGAGCAGCGUGUUAAAAAAGAGUCUGAAAUGAAGGACAAGCUGGGCACUCUCGAUAGCAAAAUCGAAAAAAAUCAACUUGUCAUCUCCCAGAUGAGGGAGCAGCAAGCCAAGCUCAAGGACAUAGCGGCGGUGCGUAAACGUGCCCUGGAGAUGGAGUACCAGCAGAUCAGGGACAUGCUGCAGAAGGAUGAGAAAGAGGCGAUGGACGCUCUGGAGAAAGACCUGGAGACUGGCCAGAGCAAACUCAACACGCUCAUCAAGAGGUUCAACCACAACAUUGAGAAGAUGAGUGCAACUACAGCUAAGAUCAACAGCCUGCUGGGCCAGUCCCACUCUCUGGACUUCUUACAGGCAUCUGUGCACAUGCCGUCUGAGGUGAACUUUGAUCCUUAUGCUCCUCGGAUCAACCUGGACUCCAAACAGGUCAUAGCAUUCCACUCCAGCAUUGUUCUCCUGAAGGACAUGAUCUCUAAAGUACUGAAACAGCAAGUGGAAAUGAGGGUCUCUGCCUUCAAACCAGAGUCUACAAAAGAUGUUACUACUGAUGAUUCUGGAGCAGGUGAAGACAUCAGGCCCACCAGCCCUGGAUUAAAGGAUAGAGACGUGCCCAGUGGCGCCAGAAAGAAACCUAACCCAAGAGACAAAAAGGAGAACAAAGGAGACAGAAAGGAGCAUAAAGCUCACGCACAACCAAAAGAAAAGGAGCCCAAAGGAGACCGAGCCAGGAGGGUUCCUCAACAAGGAAUGAAUUCUGCAUUCUCCAAAAGCAUGGAUAACCUUGGUCCUGAUUUAGCUCUUCAUAUUCCAAUGUGUCCUGAUACUACUAAGAUGCAGUUCUUUUGCCCAGUUCCAGUUCAGAUGGGAUCAGUUCCAGUUACUGGACUUAAAAGAAGUGACCUACUUAAAUAUUCCACAAUCCUCACGUUUGACCCCAAGACGGCCCAUAAGCGAGUGGCCCUCUCAGAGAACAACACCAAGGCGUCUGUGUCGGACGAGCCGUCAAUGUACCCGGACCACCCGGCCCGCUUCACCGUGUGCUCGCAGGUGCUGUGCUCUAAAGGCUUCUCCCAGGGUUGCCACUACUGGGAGGUGAAGAUGAGCAGCUGCAACUUCUGCGGCCUGGGCCUAGCCUACGGCAGCCUCGACCGCAAGGGUCCAUCCAGCCGUCUGGGUCGCAACGCGGAGUCCUGGUGCGUGGAGUGGUUCAACGUCAAGCUGUCGGCCUGGCACAACAGCGCCGAGACGGUGCUGAGCAACCCCAAUCCCAGCCGUGUUGGUGUGCUCCUCGACUGCAAUGAGGGCUCCGCCACCUUCUACAUCGUGGCCGACCGGGCAUACCCCUUCCACACGUUUGUGUUCCCCUUCUCCCAGGCUGUGUACCCCGCAUUCUGGAUCUUCUCAAGUGGGUCUUCCAUUUCCCUGUGUAAGCUCAGUAAUUAAGGUGUCUUUAACCCUUUGUCAUCGAUCAUGUGAUUGUCGUGGUCACCCAAUGCCCCUAUAAGGCACAGUAAUAACUACUUAACUACAGUUAUGUGAACAUCUCAUGUUUUUUUAUUUUGGGUGGUUUUAGCAGUGCUCCAGCCAUGUUGCUGUGCUAUAGAUAUUAGAUCUAAAAAAAAUCAAUUCUGAAUGGCAAAUUUUGUAAUAAUUGAACUAUGAGAACUGAAGGCUGCCAGAGUAUUUCUCUUCCUUGGUAAAGUGGUUCUUUUAGCUGCACUCUCAUCUCCACUUGUGAUAAUUAAUUGGAUAAUUAACUGUGGCCAUUACUACCAUUUUUGUUAUUGAUAUUGUUUUGAAUAUUGGUCAUUUACUCAUGACAGCAAUGAAUACAGUAGAGUAUCAAAUGUUGCACGACCCAAUCCCCUCGAUGACCACAAUAAUUCUUUCAUUACAAACAGGUUCCAUAUUCCUACAUGGUUAUUGGACAUUUGUUGAUUUUGUUAGUCUUUGGUAAUAAAGGGAAAUGUAGUGGGAAGAUUAAAAAUCUGUUAGGAAAUAAUUCUUGAACAAUUAUGCAUGAAUGGAAUCAUGCAUGAAUGGAAAAUAUUAAUGUGUGUCUUACUACUGUUUGGUAGGGAAAAAAAAGUGUAUGCAUGUUGCUCCUUCCUGGCUGACAUGGGGCCCUGUUGAUUCAAGAUAUUUACUUGGAAUGACAGUCACACACACACACACACACACACACACACACACACACACACACACACACACAUAUAUAUAUAUAUAUAUAUAUAUAUAUAUACACACACACACACACACACACACUUUUUUUUUGUCAAUUGCUUGUCUGCAGUUCCUUGCUGAUCAGCUCCUCUUUAUUUAGUGACUGUGAACUGUGGAAGUCUAAAGUCCUUUGCCAUACUCUGGUUUUACUGCCAGUGCAAAUGUGAGCAAGGUCCACAGCCACAGUGCUCUGAACAGAGGAAGGGUCAACAUUUCUGGCUGGCUUUAUUGCAGUUCAGGUGACACAGCUUUGUUACAGUAUGAUAGUUCCCGUGAGGUGUGCUAGUUCAAAUGAGGUGUCGUUCUUGGUUGUCUGUUUCUAAUGGCGCCUUAAUGUGCCAUUAGAACUGCUUUAAAUACACAUUUCUGGCCGUGACUGUUACAAGAAAGUCCCUUAAUCGGGAGCUUCAGAAAGCUUUAAUACAGAUUUUGUGAUUAAUUGUUGCUUACUCUCGUUAUUGAGGAGGAAUGGAUAGUUUCAGUGGUCGCUAGGAAACUAGCUAAUUCUCUAAACGUAGUUUGCUUUUGAGAGGUCACAGCGUAGGCCAGACAUGGGCCUGUAUUUAUAUCUGUAAACAGUUGUUGUGUUAUGUAGAUUUCCAACAAUGCUGCCAUUAUAGAAAUCUACACAAUGGGGAUGUUAAGAUCAGGCUAACUGACGUCACCUGUGGUCUUGAACGCAGUGCCACUGGCAUUUUGAUUUGAAAGUGGAUUGAAACUGUUCAGUGAGCACAAAGGCAUCAGAGCUGUGGUUCAUAGUGUUUCUAUGGCCUCACACUUUACACCUCCAGAUAUGACAGCUUUUAGUCUUGGUUUUUCUAAACUUGAAAGCUGGCAUCUGGGGAUUCUACUGCUCUGAGAACAAACAAACAACUUGAUACAGUAAAAAGGGUGUGAAUAUAUAUCCACUCAUCUAAAGAGUCAGUUUUUGGAUGCUUCUCUUUCUCCUGAGAGGGAUGUUACUGAUUCGUGCCUUCUUUUAGACUUAAGAAGCAUGAGACGUCACCUGUUAACAGCCAUGGCGUGUCCCGCCAACGUUGAGGAACAAAUAUCAGCCAGUCGAAGGGGCUUGAGCUCGUUUUGGUGGUCUUGAGCAAUGAGUAUUAAUGAACUGGUUUUAGUUCAUAUGAGCCCAGAACUGCGGUGAAAAGCAUACAUCAGAAACAGCUGAUAGUUCCGUUUAGGACAGCUUCUGAUGUGCCCAACUUGGCAGGAGACACGAGCAGGCCUUUUUAUGCUGACCUAGGACCAGUUCGUUUACAUAAUUUCUGACCUCAGUCAUUAUGAGAAACUUGAAAACUGGUCUCAGAUCAGCAGAAAGAGCUGAGUGUCUUUCUACAGACACUGCUCAGAAACCUAACUCAAUCUAAGAUGAUCGAGAACUGCAGGUUAUUUAUUUGGCUACCUUUAAGCUUGUUCGUGUUUUGUGCAUUACUGAUGAUCAGUUCCUUAUAUAUCAUCUAUAAAGUCAUGAUGUGUAGAAGACGGUAUUGAAUCUAGAUUAUUUUCUCCCGUAUGUCCGACACCUUGACACAAGAAGAAAAACUAUCAAAUGCAUGUUAAAUUCUUGUGUAAAAGAAUUCAGCAAACAUUCUGAAAAUAUUCAUGAUUGAUUGAGCUGCGAGUGCCGUCAGACAUCAGGAGAGAAAGGAAAUCUGACCUUUACAGCCAUCCAGCCAAAAUCUUUGUGGCACGUGGCAUGAACGAUGCUGUCUGUAAUCACGUUUCCAUAUUAUACAUAGGGCUAGACAUCUUUUUGAACCUGGAGCAGGUGAUAAAAAUUAAAAUGGUUUUGCUGGAAAGAUGAUAAUAGCGUUUCAGUACAGCUAAGCCUAAAUUCAGGUGAUCGCAGUGUAUACACACACACACACACACACACACACACAGGCAAAACCCUACAAUGAAAAUGAGAAAAUUCAGAUGCAUGGCAGUGUUUGUGACUUUUCAUUGCCAAGAUUUUGGUAUUUACUUUAAUAAUACUCGGCUAAAGGGGCAAAAUUUGGUGACAGUUUAUUCUUUUUGCUACUGCACUUGUAAGGUGUGUGUAUACAUAUUUGUGCUUCUUCAAUAAAGCUUCCUGCAGAUA